AUGAUUGCACGCAGACAACUCGCGCGCACAGCACUCGCAGCGCGACCACGCCCCAUCCCAAGCGCCCUUGCCACUCCUCUCGUCCUCCUCCACAACCCCACACCUGUACGAGCAUACGCCAACUACCCUCCUGGAGCCUUUGGCGGCGGCUUUCCACCUUAUAUGGGUGGAGGUGGAGGAGGCAUGGGCGGCGGCGGCGGCGGCGGCGCUGGUGGUGGUGGUGGGGGCUACCCACCCUUCGGCGGAAGGCGGUACCCCGGACAGCCACCUCAACAACCACCUCAGCAACAAGGGCCGCAAAAGGGCGAGACGCUCAAGCAGUUCUCAGUCGACCUGACAGAAAUGGCCAAGGAAGGCAAGCUCGACCCCAUCAUUGGGCGUGAUGAGGAGAUUCGCCGUACGAUUCAGAUUCUCUCACGCCGCACCAAAUCCAACCCGUGCCUCAUUGGUCUUCCCGGUGUCGGUAAGACCGCUAUCAUCGAAGGACUCGCCCAGCGCAUCGUUAACAAGGACGUGCCUGAGAGUAUGCAGGACAAGCGCGUGCUUGUUCUCGACCUUUCUCUCUUGCUCGCCGGCACGGGCGUGCGAGGCGAGUUCGAGAGCCGCUUCAAGCAGCUCCUCAAGGACAUUGACGACGAGGCCGGCAGCGUCAUCAUCUUCAUCGACGAGAUUCACACGCUCCUCAAUCUCGGCAAGGCCGAGGGAUCCAUGGACGCCGGCAACAUGAUCAAGCCUGCGCUCGCUCGUGGGUUGCAACUCAUCGGCGCCACCACUCUUGACGAGUACCGCAAGUACAUUGAGAAGGACCCGGCGCUUCAGCGCCGUUUCCAGGCCGUCAUGAUCAAGGAGCCGACUGUUGCCGAUACUAUUUCCAUCCUCCGCGGCCUCAAGAGCCGUUACGAGGCCCACUUUGGUGUGCAGAUUGCCGACUCUGCACUCGUUACUGCAGCCGUAUACUCGGACCGCUACGUCCCCGACCGCUUCCUUCCCGACAAGGCUAUCGACCUCGUCGAUGAGGCAUGCUCGACCCUCAAGCUCACGCAAGAGUCUCGUCCCCAAGCACUCGAGGACGUUGACCGUCGUAUCAUGACGCUUGAGAUUGAGCGCGAGUCGCUCAAGAACGAGGAGGACGCGUUCUCUAUCCAGCGUCGUAACAAGGUCGAGGACGAGCUCAAGGAGAAGAAGGAGAAGCAGACCAAGAUGAAGGAGGUGUGGAGCAAGGAGCGUGAGCGCGUCCAAGAGAUCAAGGGGAUCAAGGAGGAGCUCGAGCACGCCAAGAUUGCUCUCGAGAACGCGCAGCGCCAUGGCGACUUUGAGGUUGCCUCGCGUCUCCGUUUCUCCGAGAUUCCGCGCCUGCAGAAGCGCCUCCCCCAGGCCGUUGCAGAGCUUCAAAAGGAGGAUGCAGCCAACCCGGACCUCGCUGUGCGCGACCGCGUCACUAGCGAGGACAUUGCCAUUGUCGUCGGCAAGGCUACCGGUAUCCCCGUCAGCAACCUGCUCAAGGGCGAGCGUGAGCGACUCGUCAACAUGGAGGGCCAGCUCAAGAAGCGUGUCGUAGGCCAGGACGAGGUGAUCAAGGUCGUCUCGAACGCGAUCCGCCUCUCGCGCGCUGGGCUGCAGAGCCCCAACCGACCACUUGCCAGCUUCCUCUUCCUGGGCCCGACAGGUGUGGGAAAGACUGAGCUAACCAAGGCGGUCGCCGAGUUCCUGUUCAACGACGAGCAGAAGGCUCUCAUCCAAAUCAACAUGAGCGAGUUCCACGACAAGCACACCGUGUCUCGCCUGAUCGGUGCAACGCCAGGCUUUGUCGGCUACGAGGAGGGUGGUCAGCUCACCGAGGCUGUCCGUCGUCGCCCAUACUCGGUUGUGGUGUUUGACGAGAUCGAGAAGGCGCACCCCGACGUGGCCAACAUCCUCCUCCAGAUCCUUGAGGAAGGUGUCCUCACCGACGGUCAGGGCCGCCAGGUCAGCUUCAAGAACACCAUCAUCGCUCUUACGUCGAACCUCGGCGCCGAGGCGUUGUACGAGCCCGGAGCGAGCGAGCCGGACGGCACAGUCUCCGCGAGCGCGAAGAACGCCGUCCUGCGCGACGUGAACAAGUUCUUCCGCCCCGAGCUCAUCAACCGCCUCGACGAGCUCGUCGUCUUUAACAAGCUCCCCCCGUCGACGAUCUUGGACAUUGUCAACCUCCGCCUUGCAGAGGUUGCAGCCCGCCUCGCCGCCAAGCGCAUCACCCUCGACGUAACCGAGCCGGCGCGUGAGUGGCUUGCAAAGAAGGGCUACUCGGACCGAUACGGUGCGCGCGCAAUCAGCCGCGUUGUGCGCGACAAGAUCUCCAACCCCCUCGCCCUCAAGAUGCUGAACGGCGAGAUCAACGAUGGAGAAAUCGUCACCGUCCAUUUCCACCACGACGCACUCGAGAUCACGAGCAAGCCCGACCCCAACCAGGUUCAAGGCAGGAAGGGCAGUGACAGCGACAGCGACAGCAACAGUGUCCUCGAGGAACACGGCGAGCUGCCAUAA